CUCUCUAGUCUCUACAUCAUAUAAACAGAAUUAAAUAAUACUAACACUAAUAAAUUAAAAAUAAUUAUUACAAUUUUGUCUAGUUUCGCCGUUUCUUCCUCCUUCUCUCAUAAUCCUUUUCCCACUCGGUUAAUAAUAAUCCUUCUCCAUUAAGAUUCUUUCUCACACCAUUCUUAUUAUCUUCUCCUUCUCCCUUCUCUUUCUCCACAUUCUCAACCUCAAUUCUCAACCUCUUCCCAAACAAAACCACAACCAGGUUCAAAACAUUCACAGCGGUUCUGAUUGUGAAUUUUCUCAUCAAAGAAAGGAGACGAGGAAAAAAUUAAAACAGAAAAAAACAAGAAAAAGCAGAAAUUCGAAAAGCUCAAGCUCAGAUCUAGAAACGUAACCAUGGCGGAAGAACAUCCAUGCCAAGCUCCUGAAGGUCACAGGCUCUGUGUCAACAACUGCGGGUUUUUCGGUAGCUCAGCCACCAUGAAUCUCUGCUCCAAAUGCUUCAGAGAACAAGAAUCCGCAAAAUCUACGAUCGAGAACGCUCUCUCCACCGCCACAGCCACCGCAACCUCCUGCGUCGCCGCCUUUCCAUCUCCGUCACCGUCCACGUCGUCUUCUCCGGCGCCAACGCCAGCCGCCGUCGAAUCCUUUGUUCCUCAACCGGUUGAGCUAGAAGCUUCGAGCUCCGUAACGGUUUCUGUAACGACCAGCUCGAAUCCCGGAGCUCCGAUUCAGCCGAACCGUUGUGCUACAUGCCGUAAACGAGUCGGGUUGACCGGGUUCAAGUGCAGGUGCGGUGUCACGUUCUGCGGGGCCCACAGGUACCCGGAGAAACACGCGUGCGCUUUCGAUUUUAAGACGGUGGGAAGAGAGGAGAUAGCACGUGCCAACCCCGUGAUCAAGGCGGAGAAACUCGAUAGGAUCUGAUGGGAAAUAUGGGAAUUGUUUCUCAGCCGUUGGAUCAGACGUAUGGGCCUACACAAAGCAGAUGGUUAUUGUUGAGUAAGUCCUUCUUAGAUGAGUUAAUCGUGGCCGUCCACCUGGACAUCCGGUGCAACUGAGAGAUGUACUAUAAAAAAAUAUGAUUAUGAUGUAAUGAUCUUAUCUUUGUUGUUAUUAUUAAAUUUUAAUAUUAUAAUAAUAACAGUUUGGUUGCUUUGCUUGCU